ACCAAACCAAGCCGCCGCUCGUUGCCGUUCAACCAAACCAUUGAAGUCGCCGCUCGUUGCCGUCAACCAAACCAAGCCGCCGCUCCAAUCGUUGUCAUUGUCAAACCAAGCGGUCGUCCUUUGUCGUUGAACCAAGAGGUUCCAAAAUGACUACCCUCGCGACACACUGCACAUGUACACUGGCGAUCGAGUGCCCACUCGCCAGCGAAUCUACAAUCCCGGCUACGACCUGAUUUGGCCUCAAACUUCUGCUCAUCAUUCCGGGCAUCAUUGUCUGGUUGGCCCUGAGUAUCCUGAGAUUUUGGGUCAGAUCGGAGAUGAUAUGGACGGCCAUGCACGGUGAACGUUCGAUAACGGAAUUCCCGAACGCAAACAACAAAACUCGGCGGUAUCAGCUCACAACAUUUUGUUUGGUAUUCUUGAUAUUCCUGAUUGUUUGGCCGCUUGACAUGGGAUACUACAUCAUCACUUGGAAACCCGUUUCUGCAUCACCCGACAAACCACUGCUGCUAUCGAACACCCGCACAGCACCGGCAGAACAAGAACCACCACCGCCCUACUAUAGUGCUAUUGGUGUUGCAUAAGGGGGGAGUUCAUAGUGUACUAGACAAAAUCUACUUCGAAUAGUCCUAAAGGUUAUAUGGAUAAAUCAAAAGGAGUUAGUUGG